UAUAAAUAGUCCUCCGUGGCUCAUUUUCCCCAGGACUCAACGCCUGAAUUGGGCACAAGACAAAAAGAGAUCAGUGACUGGGAGUCUGGGAUCAGAUUUGAGGGUGUCAGGUACGGUCAGAGAGUCAGGGGGAGAAGGAUGGCGAUGGCCAGUGCUCCUGCUCCAGUUUGUGCGGCCUUGAAGCUUGUUGCCCGGGGUAGGGAGUCCGCUGCUGUUCUGCAGACCCUGCUCCUCGGCCAGCAAGCGCCGGCGGAUGGUAGCGCAAGCGCAGCGCCUCACGGCCUCCAGGAACUCACCAACCAGAUCCUCCGCUGCUGCGACCGCGCGCUCGCUGCGCUGCGCCACAGUGGCACGGAGGAGGAGGACGCUGAUGCCGCCGGCGGUAUCAGGAAGCGCAAGCCGGAGCGCGGUAACGGCGCCCCGGCUGCUUCUCCAGCGAGGGCAUCCAAAAGGAUGAGAAUGAGAGGAGGAGAGAUGGGAACAAGAGUUGAGAAGAGAGCAACCAUGGAGGACGGUUUCAUCUGGAGGAAGUACGGCCAGAAGGAGAUCCACGGCAGCAAGUACCCGAGGUUCUACUUCCGCUGCACAUACAAGGAAGACCACGGCUGUACGGCCAGGCGGCAGGUGCAGCGGUGGGAGGCCGACCCCUCCGUCUUCCUCAUCACCUACUUCGGUGAUCACACCUGCUGCCGUGACGACGACGAGCCGCCGGCGCCGUUCGUCAUUAACUUCAGUUCAAGCUCUAGCGACGGGAAGCCUAGCGGUUCUCCGUGGCCUUCCUGUGACGACGACGGCCUGGUGGUCAGUAAGACACCGGAUUUGUGCAAUUCGCCGGAGGAGUCUGAGUUCGUCGACCAGUCAACAUCGGUUCCGGAGCUGACGCGUAUGAGCUCGAUGGAGUGGGAUUCUCUUCUCGACGGGUGCUUGGAUUGGAUGCUUUGGGAUGGCGAGAGCUCGUUUGACAUUAUUGGUGAUGAAUUUAUUGGACACGACAUCGAUUACCUUGAUGUGCUUUCAUAGAAAUAUGCAUUAUUGUACAUGCAGAUCGGUAUUGGUCAGGACAAACAGGGUAGCAUUAUUUUGAGUGAGAAAUGCGCUAGGGAGGUGAAUCCUGUUGUUUUGUCAGUCAUCAUGCUUCUUAAAUUUAAGAGGUAAAUUAUGACGUGAUGAGAGGUGUAAUACAAUGGUAUGCGAUCUGCAUGAUUUGCAUA